GUUCAUAGCUGUGUUUCAGCAAUUUAUUUUGAUUUUUCAUGCCCCCUCCCCCCAUAUUCCAGUUGUCAAAUCAAACCGUCCGAUUUAUUCUUUCUCCUCGAGAGCAGUUUCUCUCGCAGAGUUCCCAGAAUACCCGGAAGUGCUGAUUAAUAACAGAUCCGACACGCUGUGAGGGAACUAGUGAAAGCACCGCAGGCAAUCAUGACACAUCACCCUUUCUCGUUAUCGAGUGUCGCUUCGCCCUUUCCGGCCGACCGUGGCUUUCUGUCCUCUCCCACCAUGAUUUAUCACUGGGAUUCAAAAUAUCUCACGGGUCUGCGCACACUAAUGUUGUCAUUAAGAGACUCUGAGAAAUUCAGCUUUUCUUGUCCCACUUGCUGGUGUAUUUAUGUUUGCGUUUAGUACAGUGAAACUGCCAGUUCGACAGAAAGUCAGCAGACUUUCCUCUGGGACUGAAUUUCCCAGUCCUGUUUCUGGAGCCAAACUGUGUCUUCUGGUUUCAUUCCAACAGAGAUCUUCAUGAAAUAAGGCGAUGGCCGCAGCGAGGCAGGAGGUGCUGUCUCUGUACCGCCGGGUGCUCCGGAUCGCGCGCAGCUGGCAGGCUCAGUCCGGCUUGUCCCAGGACACCAGCACCGAGAGGAGCUACAUCACCCAGGAGGCCAGGACACUGUUCAGGCAGAACAAGCAGAUUACAGAUGGCGAGUCAAUUAAGAAGUGUAUAGAAGAAUGCCACGCAAGAAUUGAAAUGGGUCUUCAUUACAGGAUUCCUUAUCCCAGGCCGACUUACCUGCCCCCCAUGGGCCUGGCCACACAGAGGGGGAGAAGGCUCCGAGCCCAGGAAAGACGGAGGAAGCAGGCACAGCCCAUCUACUUGCAGUCACACGAUGAAACGUCCUGAGCUCUUCUCUUGGUGUGUGGCCGCGGCCGCAGCCUGGGUGGGGGACGGUGCUGGGAGAACCGCAGCACAGGGGCUUUGGGUGAGGGGUCACUGGACUUGGCUCUGGCCAGUGCCUGCUGGGGUCCAGAGGAAGGUGCCCCAGAGCUCACCUCCGCAGGAAAUGACAGCAACAGUUUGGUGAAAUGAAUACAAAUCAAGAGGCUCCAUUUGUCUUUCUUCUGGAGCAGGAGGCACAAAUGUCUUUUUUAUUUGCUUCCUGAUUUUUUGCAGAGGAUCUCUCUUAUUUCUCUGUGCAGACAGUUGUCUGUGGAAAUCUGGAAUGAUGCACUAUUAUUAGUCCUGUAUCUGAUUCAAGGCCAGAUGUGCAUGUGUGCUUAAGCCAGGGGGUACUCUAUUCUUUAAUGGGGGUAUCUUUAAUGGAAUACCAUCGUCCUUUUCAUUUGUGUACUGUCAGUUUACACUUGUGCUGGUAAACCUUGCGGCAGUUGUUCCCUAAAACUAAAACAUGGUAUAACCUGCUGCUGUUUUCAGUCUUGCAAAGAGACAAGAAACUAUAUUGCCACAGGGAAACAUACCACCUUAACCAAAAAUGAAAACUUUAUUGUAAUUAAGGGCAUCUGGGAUAGCAUGAGACAACUGCCAUACCUGCUUGUGUAUAAGUGAUCAAAUCUACUUGCUUUACACAGGCAUGUGCAGUCUUCCAAGACUGUAACCCACUGAAUCAUAGCUCUGUAAUAUAACUAAUAAAAACUAAAGUAGAACAUUUCCAGAGAUAGUAUACAUCUACAGUCCAUGUUUGGCCUAUUUGACAUGUAGCUCAGCAAAGGUGUUUGUAAAGUAAUCAGUCUAAAGUUUGGUCAAUUUCCUGUCCUUAAUUUGUUCUCUUAUUAAAAGAGUUGAAGAGCA